AAGCUUGCACUUUUCUCUUUUCCUGGUGUGCAAGACCAUGAUCCUCUCUUCUCUGAGCAAUCCGUAAACACAACAUAGCCUUUCUAUCUCUCUUUUCUUCUAAUCUCUUCUCCUAUGUAUGCUUUUUCCUCCUCGAAUUUGUUCCCUCCGAACAUCACAUCUUUUUGCUCCGAAAUUCUCGUGAUUUCCUGCUAAUUUCCGCCGUUGGUUUUUUUCACAGAAAGUACUUGUGUUCUGACCCGCUUCUCUUCCGCUUCUGCACGACUCCCACCAUUUCCUUCGCGGAAAUCCACUACUCAGAAUCACAAGCUCUCUUUGGAUUUCGGUAAUCUCAGUGAAUUUUUGUUGACUUCUACUCUUACCCCCUCUCUUCUCUGCCUCGGGGUUUUGAUCAUUGUUUUGAGUAAUUGCAAGCUUUAAGCAAGAUCGAGUGUGUAUUCAUAGUUCUGCCUGGUACCCAGUUGGGAAAAGUUGAGAUUUGGUAUCUUAUCGAGAAAGUGGGUAGAUUCAUUACUUAUAUUGUGUCUCUGCGCCGCAAUCGCUUACUUAGUUGGAGCUUCACGAUUAAGAGUUGAUUGUGUUGUCUAAGUGAGAUUGAUUUGAGUUUGUGGAUUAGAGGAUUAUGCCUUGGCUACGUGUUUGCAAUUUAACAUAAAAAAUGAGUGGGAGGAGGCUGUUGUUAUAUUAUUAGGAAGAGUAAGCAUGAAGAGAGGGAAGGAUGAUGAGAAGAUGAUUGGGCCAAUGUUCCCUAGACUCCAUGUCAAUGAUACGGAGAAGGGAGGGCCAAGAGCACCACCUAGGAAUAAGAUGGCCCUCUAUGAGCAGUUUAGUAUUCCCUCUCAAAGGUUCAACCAGACCGUUCUGCCACUCAACCCAGAUAAUUCUACUAAUACAGCUCCCCCAGCAUCCUUAAGCCAGGGGACUGUCCCUGAGAGAAAUUGUGUCUUCCCUGUUCAUUUACCUCCACAAACACCUAUUCAUCCGGGUGAAAAAUAUAUUUCUCGCCAAUCAGAUGGGGAAAAUCUGAAUGCUUCCUUGGUACAACCUGAACAGAGAAAGAAGGUAGAUGAAGAUGACUUUAGGGUUCCUGUAUACAUUCAUUCAAGGAUUGAUCAAUCUAAUGAUGAAAGUCUUGAGAGUUUCAAUGGGAAAAAAAUUACUGCUACAGGCUCUAGGUACUUUGGUUGUUCAGUAGCUGGGCAAAAUGAUUCUGGAAGGGACCCAAAACAAUUUGGCUCCCCACUUGUUAAUAUGAGAAAAGAUGUGAGAAGUGAGACUGAUGGUCUUCCACAAGUAAGUCUAAGUAAGGAGCAGUUAUUAAUGCCUGAAAGAAACAUGACAACUGGAGAAAAAAUUAACACCUUAGUAAAGCAAGCUAAGGUGACUCGAAAUCAAGAGUUUCAAGAAUUUCCUGUGUCAAAAAUUAGCAGAUUACGUCAAGGUGAUGCCUGCUUACAGAGGGACUGUAGAGCUGGGUCACAACUUAAUGACAUUGGACAUGGUAAUGGUGUUGUUGAGUCUCCAAAGGAGACAGACAAGGGGAAUGCCCCUAUAGCAAAUCAAACCAGUCCAGCUGAGGCUAUCAAUGACACUGAAUAUCACAAUACCAGGACUGGCAGUCCAAUACAGCGAGGAAAGUUAAACAAAAGUGACAAUGUUUCCAAGAUCUCCUGGGUAGAAAAUUUGUCAACCCUGAAAAUUUCUCCCGAUGAUGUUGUUGAGGUAAUAGGUCAAAAACAUUUCUGGAAAGCUAGAAGAGCAAUUGCCAAUCAACAGAGAGUGUUUGCAGUCCAAGUGUUUGAGUUGCAUAGACUAAUAAAGGUCCAACAGCUGAUUGCUGGAUCACCGGAUCUUUUGCAUGAAGAUGGUGCUUUUCUGGGAAAGUCCCCUCCAAAGGGAUCUAUUCCCAAAAAACUCUCACUGGAAUAUGUUGUAAAACCACGGCAACAAAAUCUGAAGUGCAAAGAUGAUUCUGAAAAGCUGAAUCAUAAAAUGGAAUGUUCUGCGGAGAAUGCCGUUGGGAAAACAUCUCUUUCUUCCGUGAAAAAUGGUAGCCACCUUUCAAAUCACACCCAUUUUGCUGGAAAUCCACACCAGGCAAAUAUGGCUGCUGAUAGUGGGAUGGGUCCCUGGAGUUUCCAUCAGUCACCUGGUCACCAAUGGUUAAUUCCUGUUAUGACUCCUUCAGAAGGGCUUGUUUACAAGCCAUAUCCUGGGCCUGGAUUUACAGGAACAAUAUGUGGAGGAUGUGGGCCUUUUGGGCCUGCUCCAUUGGGUGGUACUUUCAUGAAUCCUACCUAUGGAAUCCCAGCUUCUCAUCAAGGAAUUGGGGUUCCUCCAGACACUCCUCCAGGCAGUCAUGCUUACUUCCCACCAUAUGGCAUGCCAGCUAUGAAUGCAGCAAUGUCAGAGUCAGCCGUUGAACAGGUGAACCAGUUCUCUGCACCUGGUUCUCGUGGGCAAAAUGAUUAUUUAUCUGGAGGGGAAGCCAAUCCUAGAACAAAAAAACAAAGAUCAUGUAAUUUGCCGCUUCAGAGAAAAGAAGCAAUACCACAUGUGAAGUAUCAGACAUCUAAGGAGUUUGAGUUACAGGGGAGUACGGCAAGUAGUCCUAGUGAAAUGGCACAAGCAAUCAACACAAGUCAAAUUGCUGAAGGAAGAGAUGUACUUCCAUUUUUCCCUAUGGUUCCAGUAGAACCAGAGGGAGUCCCUCAGUCUCUUGAAACUGGACAACAAACUCGAGUAAUCAAAGUGGUGCCUCACAACCGAAGAUUUGCAAAUGAAUCAGCAGCUAGAAUUUUUCAAUCGAUUCAAGAAGAGAGAAAACAGUAUGAUGACUAGUUUAGUGCUGUUUAUCGACUUGGAUCAUUCAAGCAGGCAAGAUUUAUGGCGUCUAGUUCCUGUAAUUUUAUGGGGUAUGGCAUCAUGAAAAGGGCUAUUGUAUUUUAUAUUUUUAGUUUUUUGGUUUUGAUCUUAUUACAGCACAUUGGUAUGUAGAUAUAUCUGUCAUAUCAAUAGUGGUGAAAAUGUAAUAUUAUGGUAUGUCGACAAGAUAAGUAAUUGUUCGUUGUGCUCUGCUUCCUUUAUGCUUGGGAGGCAGUUUUUAACCCCCUAUCCUAUGUAUUGCUUGGCUGGAAGACUAGUGAUUGCCAUACAUAUUAGGUAUUAUUGU